UCGGUUAGGUUUUCAAGAAAACCGCUCUUUUGUCUUGUCUCCUCAAAAUCAGUGGUUUCUCUCAAUAGUAAAAGAGGGUUUAUUCAAAUCUUCUCUCCUAGUCUCUCUCUCUAUAUAUAUAAACACUUCAACUCUCGGAAAUGAUCAGAGACGGAUAAGAUAGUGAUCAAAGGAAUUAAUUAGGGACCGAGAUGAACAAAACUAAUCCUGCUGGUACAGUGACCGGUUCGGAUAUAAUCGACGCAAAGAUCGAAGAGCAUCAACUUUGUGGAUCCAAGAAGUGUCCCAGCUGCGGCCACAAGAUCGAGGGCAAACCACAGAAUUGGGUUGGUUUACCCGCAGGAGUGAAAUUUGACCCAACGGAUCAAGAGUUGAUAGAACAUUUAGAGGCAAAAGUCUUAGUUAAAGACAACAAAUCUCACCCUUUAAUUGACGAAUUCAUCCCCACCAUUGAAGGCGAAGACGGCAUUUGCUACACGCAUCCCGAAAAACUUCCUGGAGUGACUAGAGAUGGUUUAAGCAGACACUUCUUUCAUAGACCCUCAAAGGCGUAUACAACGGGAACAAGAAAGCGAAGAAAGAUUCAAACGGAAUGUGACAAUACUUUGCAAGGAAGUGGUAGUUCCGGGGAGACAAGGUGGCAUAAGACCGGUAAGACAAGACCGGUUAUGGUAAACGGUAAGCAAAAAGGUUGUAAGAAGAUUUUGGUUUUGUAUACCAAUUUUGGUAAGAAUCGAAAACCUGAGAAAACCAAUUGGGUAAUGCAUCAAUAUCACCUGGGGACACAUGAGGAAGAGAGAGAAGGAGAGCUUGUUGUGUCUAAGAUAUUUUAUCAGACUCAGCCUAGGCAAUGCAAUUGGUCGUCAUCUACGUCAAGUUUGAACGCUAUAGGUGGUGGAGGCGGUGAAGCAAAUAGCGGCGGAGGCGGUGGAGAGUAUAAUAUGAGGAAAGAUAGUGGCACUACCAGUGGUGGGAGUUGUUCUUCGUCUAGAGAGAUUAUGAAUGUUAAUCAUCCAAAUCAAUCUGAUGAAGUAGGUGGUGGCGGUAUAGCUAUAGCGGCUGGUCUCUCGAGUUAUGCAAUGGAUCAACUCAGCUUUGUUCCAUUUAUGAAGAGCUUCGAGGAGGUGGCGAGGAGGGAAACUCUUCAGACCAGGCAAGCUACAUGUGAGGAUGUUAUGGCAGAACAACUUCGUCAUCAAGCAUCACCAUCAUCAACAUCACAUCAUGUGGCUCAUGAUCAUCUCCACCAUCAGCAACAACAACGGUAUCAUGCAUUCAACAUAAGCCAGCCUACACAUCCAAUAUCAACCAUCAUUUCUCCAUCCACAUCGCUUCACCGUGCCCCCGUCAAUAUCCUUGACGAUAAUCCUUAUCAUGUUCAUAGAAUCUUGCUCCCUAAUGAAAAAUACCAAACACAACAACAACAAGACCAAGAAAGAGCCGAGCAACACAAUGAUGGGAAGAUGGGAGGAAGGUCGGGUUCUGGAUUGGAAGAACUCAUAAUGGGCUGCUCUUCUUCGAACACUCAUCAUGAUGUAAAAGAUGGACCAUCAUCGAUGGGGAACCAACAAGAAGCAGAAUGGUUGAAGUACUCAACAACGUUUUGGCCAGCCCCCGACUCUUCUAACAAUCAAGAUCAUCAUGGGUAGUACCAUUUUCCAAUCUGAUGAUCAUGACCUCUCAUCACAAUGGUGUUGCCAUCAAUGCUUAUCAUGAUGGUCAUCUCCAUUGUCGUCACCAUCAUAACAUAUAAUGGGAAAUGGUAAACUGAUCGAUCUUUGACCAAAGAAAUUAUAUAUGCAUGAUUUCGACAUGGUGAAGGGUUUAUAAGUAGCGUCAAAAAAAGAUAAGUGUUUUGACAAAUAUAUUAAAGAAGAAAAGACGAAAAAAAAACAAUAAAUUUGCAUCAAAAUCAUCGAUAGUGCUAUAUAUAGAACCAGAUAUAAGAAUAUUUAUUUUUAAAUUCAUUUCUUCUGUUCUUUAAAUUUUUCGUCUGUUUUUUUUUUCUUUCUUUAGAAUGAACUGUAUAAUUUUUUUGUUUAAUAUAUAUGUUGGUAAAUAAUAUUGAUUACAAUACUUUCC